CCCAAAAAGCUCUCCCGAAACGCCAGAAAAUCGGAAGGUCUCAUCCCCCCCCAAAAUCCCCCUCCGAUUCUCCAAAAAAUCCAGCGAAAACCAUCCGAUUGAUCGAUCGAUCCCCGCGAUUUUUUAAGCUCCCGGUCGAUCGCGCGUCUCGAAGCGAAGUAUUGAGUGAUAUAUCACGCGGGAGUUGGUCCAGACUUGAACCGAUCCGAUUCGCCUGAAACUUUCAUGGGAUCGCGCGAAUUGUCGGCUCUGGUGUGAGAUCGCGAAAGGGUGGACCUCGAAUUGCUAGGAGGGUUGUGGCGAUUUGGCUGCACGGCUGCAUGAACUGUUUCGUGAACCUGGGACUCAACUCGAACUCGAACCACUACGUUGCCUGCCUCCUCAUCUUCCUGCUGCAUUUCUCCCCGCAGUUUCUGUUAAAUCACUCCAAUUGUAAUUCGAGUAGUAAUUGUCAAGGAGAAAAACAGAGCCCCGACAAUGGCGAACAACAGUUCAUAUGGUGAAAAUGUUAGGAGAAAGUCCCACACACCUUCCGCUAUUGUUAUCGGCAGUGGGUUUGCAGGCAUUGCUGCGGCCAAUGCUCUUAGAAAUGCAUCAUUUGAGGUUGUUCUUCUAGAAUCCCGUGACAGGAUAGGUGGUAGAAUACACACUGAUUACUCUUUUGGCUUUCCUGUUGAUCUGGGAGCAUCUUGGCUUCAUGGUGUUUGUGAAGAAAAUCCUCUGGCACCAAUUAUUGGAAGGCUUGGACUUCCACUGUAUCGCACAAGUGGAGAUGACUCUGUGCUGUUUGAUCAUGACCUUGAGAGUUAUGCUCUCUAUGACACUAAGGGCCGUCAAGUUCCACAAGAGCUGGUAGAAAAGAUAGGGAAGGUGUUUGAGACUAUAUUGGAAGAGACUGGCAAACUGAGGGAAGAAACCAAGGAAGAUAUAUCUAUUGCAAAGGCUAUUGCAGUUGUUUUGGAGAGAAAUCCACACUUGAGGCAAGAAGGGAUUGCUCAUGAUGUUCUUCAGUGGUAUUUGUGCCGCAUGGAAGGUUGGUUUGCUACUGAUGCAGAUGCAAUCUCUCUUCAGGGUUGGGACCAAGAGGUACUUCUUCCUGGUGGCCACGGUCUCAUGGUUCGUGGAUAUCGUCCAGUAAUAAAUACUCUGGCAAAAGGCCUAGAUAUACGCCUCAAUCACAGGGUUGUUGAGAUUGUUCGCCACAGGAAUAGAGUGGAGGUUACUGUAAGCAGCGGUAAAACAUUUGUUGCGGAUGCUGCAGUUGUUGCCGUCCCCUUAGGUGUUCUUAAAGCAAACACCAUUAAAUUUGAGCCUAGGCUACCAGAGUGGAAGGAGGAAGCAAUAAGAGAACUCUCAGUUGGAGUCGAGAACAAAAUAAUUCUCCACUUCAGUGAAGUUUUCUGGCCUAACGUGGAGUUCCUUGGAGUAGUUUCAUCCACCACAUAUGGCUGCAGCUAUUUCCUCAACCUCCACAAGGCUACUGGCCAUCCAGUUCUUGUUUACAUGCCUGCAGGCCGGCUUGCAUGUGACAUUGAAAAGCUGUCAGAUGAGGCCGCUGCCCAAUUUGCCUUCUCUCAGCUGAAGAAGAUCCUUCCCAAUGCAGCUGAGCCAAUACAUUACCUAGUGUCACACUGGGGCUCAGACGAGAACACGCUGGGAUCAUACACCUUUGAUGGGGUCGGCAAGCCUCGUGACCUGUACGAGAAGCUCCGGAUCCCUGUGGAUAACCUAUUCUUUGCAGGAGAGGCCACCAGUGUCCAGUACACUGGCACGGUGCAUGGUGCCUACUCCACUGGUCUGAUGGCAGCUGAGGAGUGCCGGAUGAGGGUUCUUGAGCGGUUCAGGGAGCUGGACAUGCUGGAGAUGUGCCACCCUGCAAUGGGCGAGCAGACCGCCACUGUCUCAGUUCCACUGCUCAUCUCCCGGCUGUGAACAGACCAGGAGCUACACUAAAGUUAAUAGUCUUCGGAGUGCCAUUGGCACUCGGCACCAUGCGAGCACCGGCCAUUCCCCUGAUUGCUCGAGGAAGGCAGCAUGGAGCAAAUUAUGCCUGCUUCUCCUUGGCAUGAGGAGUGUGCUGGUGUAGCUUCCGGUGCGCUAAAUAAAGUUGAUGUCUGUGUGUGGGAGAGUCUUGGUGUGUAUCGUUGAGUGUAAAAUGGGGAUUGGGGGAGUCAGUAUGUAGUUUAAGCAGGAAUUACGGGCUAUGUGAGCCAUCAUUACAGAACAAGAUGGUGUACGUAUGACGAACAUUUUAUUUAAACGCUCGAUAUUUAAACUGACUGUUUUGUCCCCA